AUGGCUUCCACUGGAAUUGAGACAUUCAAGAUCUGCGAACAUCCACCUGUUUGCCCGAGGUGCAAGGAAGUCUUCGCAUUCCGAUAUCAACUAGAGUGGCACUUUCAAUGGAAGCAUAACUCCCUUGGAAAAUUAUUCAUCUGCGGUGAGUGUAAUCUUUCUGCUAUUGGAGAAUCUUUCUGCAAACUUCAUAUUCGAUCUUUGAAGCAGACUUCCAGAAGUGCUUGCGAGAAAUGUGGCAUUCUGUUCGAAACCGAUUUGGACCUCCGACGACACCAGUUGACCCACAAGAGCGAAAGGUUCCAUGUUUGUCCGAUGUGUUCCAGAUCUUUCACGCACAAGUCCAUCUUGGAGAGGCACUCUAGACUGAACUGUUGUGCCAAAUCUCUCGUUUCCAAAGAUGUCUGCCGUGGGUGUUUCAGCCGACGCUCAUUCAUUGCAAAACAUACCAAUUUUGUAGAAAACUCUGGAGCGUAG